AUGGAUAUUCCUCUCAAUGCAUGCACUGUUACCGUGGUCCUUACCGUACUCAUCUCACUCAUCGUCAUUGGUUCAAACACAGCGUUCAAUGUCAUCACCAGUCUGUCGAGCGUCGGACUCCUUACCUCGUACAUCAUUUGCAUUGGAUGCAUGGCCAGAAAGCGAAUCAUGAAGGAGGUUCUUCUACCCAGCCGUUUCAGCUUGGGUCGCUGGGGUCUCGCCGUCAACUUGACCGCCAUUAUUUUCUUAUCUUUCUGUUGGGUCCUACUCUUCUUCCCUUCCAGACCGCAUCCCGACGCACAGAACAUGAAUUGGACCAUCUUGAUCUACGGCGUUACCUGGAUUGCUGCCAUCAUCUACUACAAGUUCAAGGGCAAGUACGACUAUGCCGGUCCUGUCGAGGGAAUCAACAAGGACUACUGA